AUGGAGGAGGACCGCGCAAUCGCUGACUUGGGACCUGAUGUCGUUGGCGAUGCGGAGACUGUCACAAAAGCGCCCAAAAGGCGGUUCAUAGGACGUAAGGCUGCCGAUGCAAAGGCUGCUGCGAGGGCAGAGACCACGGACGGGUCGAUCGAGGAGAGUGGAGCUAUACAAGUCGCUCCCCGACGUCGACCGGCGAGAGCCUUGAACAGUGUCCCAGAUGAUAUACUUCACGACGAGGGUAUCAACAAUGCCAUCGCACUACUGCCCAAGAAUUACAGCUUCGAAAUCCACAAGACAAUCCAUAGGAUCCGGACUUCAGGCGCCAAGAAGAUUGCGCUUCAGAUGCCAGAAGGACUUCUUCUGUUCGCGACAACCAUAUCCGACAUAUUGACUCAAUUCUGUCCGGGAGCGAGUACACUGAUCAUGGGCGAUGUCACGUACGGCGCUUGCUGUAUUGACGACUACACAGCGCGAGCGCUGGGGUGUGAUAUACUGAUUCACUACGCACACUCAUGUCUCAUCCCCGUCAACGUGACCAAGAUCCAAACGUUGUAUGUCUUUGUGGACAUACAGAUCGACGUGGAGCAUCUGCUUGCUACAAUCGAGCGCAACUUCAAGGCCGGCAGCACAAUUGCAAUGGUAGGGACCAUUCAAUUUAAUGCUACUCUACAUGGCACAGGCACCCAACUCCGAGCUGCUGGAUAUAACAUUCUCAUCCCUCAGAUCAUGCCUCUCUCCAAGGGUGAGAUACUAGGAUGCACUUCUCCACGCCUGACGAAGGAGCAGAACGUGGACCUCAUCUUGUAUCUUGGCGACGGAAGAUUCCAUCUAGAAAGUGCCAUGAUUCACAAUCCCUCAAUACCGGCCUACAGAUACGACCCGUAUUCGCGUCGUCUUACUCACGAAACGUACGACCACGAUCAGCUUCUGACCGAUCGCUCCAAAGCACUGGUCGAAGCUCGCAAAGCAAAGAAGUGGGGCUUGAUUCUGGGGAGCUUGGGCAGGCAAGGUAAUCCGCACACCAUGACCAUGAUUGAGAAUCACUUGCGAGAGAAGGGCAUCACCUGGGUCAAUCUGCUGCUCAGCGAAAUCUUUCCGGGAAAACUGGCCAUGAUGCCAGAUGUAGAAUGCUGGGUGCAGGUGGCAUGUCCGAGGUUGAGUAUCGACUGGGGCUAUGCGUUCCCACGGCCUUUAUUGACUCCUUAUGAAGCGCUUGUUGUGCUUGGGCAGAGGACGGGCUGGGAAGGGAAGACGAAUGAACUCACCGGGGAGGUGGAGGAGACAGUGUACCCAAUGGAUUUCUACGGCAAGCAAGGACUUGCAAGAGUCAAGGAGGAAGACAUCCUUCCUAAGCAGGUCACCGUGKGAGCUUGA